GAUUGUUCAAGCAAGAAAAGAACAAAAAUAAUUGAAACUCCUGUCCAGGAAAUUGUUCAAGCUGUAAAUGAGCAAAAAACUCUCCAAGUUCCUGAGCAGGAAAUGGUUCAAGCGGCAAAUGAAGAUGAAAUUCUUAAAAUUCCCGAGCAGGAAAUCGUUCAAACUGCAAAUGAACAGGAGACUGCUCAUAGUCCUGAGCAGGAAAUCAUUCAAACAGCAAAUGAACAGGAAACGGCUCAACUUCCUGAGCAAGAAAUUGUUCAAGCAACGAAUGAAGAACAGGAAGUUCUGCGAAUUCCUGACCCAGAAAUUAUUCAAGCACGAAAUGAACAAAGAACUGUUCAUAUUUCCAUGCAGGAAAUCACGCAAGCAGGAAAGGGGCAAGAAACCCUUCUGAUUUCUGAACAGGAAAUUGUUCAGGCUAGAGAUGAACAGGAAAUCGUUCAAUCGGAGAAUAAAGAGCAAAUUCUUGAAAUUGCUGAGCAGGAAGUCAUUCACGCAGGAAAUAAAGGAGAAAUUGUUCAAACUCAUGAUCAGGAAAUCAUUCAAGAGGGAAGUAAAGAAAUUUCGCAACAUCUUGACCAGGAAAUUGUUCAAAAAAUAAGUGAGGAGACGUCACAAGGAGUUGUGCCGACAGCUGAAUCCUCAGUGCAAGCUCUCAGUGGAGCUCUGGCUGCUGGAGAAGAGUUUCAAAAGGCACCUUCAGGAGACAUUGACAAAGAACAAGGCUUGCAGUUUCAUCCCAUUGACACCGCUGAGAAGCCCAAUGCUGCUAAGCAACCAGUAGGAGUACAACAUCAGGCAUAUAAUGUUGCUCAAAUGCCAGAUAAGGACAGUCCAGCUUCCUUGGUUCAAGAUCACGGUAAUGUGACUGUAGCAUGCGGCCCCGAUCAUAAUGUAUUGCACAGCUUGCCUGUGGGUGAAAUAAUGAAGUCACCAGAAAAUCUACAGCAGAAAAGUCAUUGCCAGGGUGCCCCAGUGUGUAACUCUGUUGACAGCUCGGAAACUUUGCCUGAAGCACCAACUGCUGAAGCUGAGUCUUAUCUUCAAGAGCAUCAUCAAGUUCCUACAAAAGUUGAGCAAGAACCCCAGAGCUGUUGUGAGGAACUUGGGGACCUCCACACAUGUAGUAUUUCCCAAGAACUUCCUUUUAACCAGAAUGUGGUUCUAGAGCCUGAGGGUCAUGAAGACCAGCCUGUGUCGCAGGGAAGCUCUGACCUGCAGGGGCCAGAGAGUUCACCAGAACAGGUUGUUCCUCAACAGGCAGCAUGUGCACUGGAGGGCACAAGAGAUGAAACUCACACUGUGUGUGAGAAUGAGCAAAGCGUUGUGGAGCAUGAAUGUCUACUGGAGGCUGGAACAUUUAAUCAAAACGAAGGUAGCUCCAGCCUUGUCGAGCAGUCUUCGGUGAACAGUGAGCAGCUGCUCAAGCAUGUUGGCAGUUGUGUGGCAUUGUCCUCUGCGGCAGCUGAGGUCGAGAGAAGUUUGCAGCAGAGCACUCAAGAUGGCAACACCUUCAUUGUUUCUAGUCAGCCACAUCCUAUGCAUGUAUUGGUGCCCUCCUUGGAUGCUGCCAUUGAUGCCUCUCAAGGCCAACAACAGAGAGCUCCGCAUUCAGAGGAGAGCUCUGGAGCAACCGAGAGUCAGCUCAGACCAUUGCAUCAGGUGUAUUCUUUACCCUCCACGCAUGAAGGUGUGCCCAGUCACAAGACAUCGAGCACACCUCACGAGGAGCAAGACGCACGUAGCUUUUCUUCCAUGCCUUCUGGCUCAAAGCUGCCUGCGGACUCUCUCUCGCCAGCAGCUAAGAGAAUAAAGCUGUCUGAUGGAGAUACUGCCGAACCAGUUUCUAUGGCCCUCCCAUGUAGCAGGAAUGACAGUGAUUCAUUUAUGGACGAUUGUGACUCUGCAUCUAGUUGUGAAGCUUUGCACAUCGUAGAGUCAGUGCCUGAAGAAGAAGUUCGAAGCGUAGACAUGACUGGAAGUGGCGAGUCACAGGAUAAUGUAGCCGGUCAUUUUUUAGUGGUUAGUGGAGGCCGUCGCGUGGCGGCCUCCUUGUGUUCCCAAAUCCCUGUGCAGUUGGUUGUCUCGCAUGGAGUGCAACAGCUGAAAAGGCUGGCUUGCAAUGUCACCUGCCGCAGACUCGAGCACAGGCGUCAAUUUACAUUUGAAUUAAAACUGGGAUCUUCGUUGCGCCCACUUCUGAAACCUUGGUCAAGGACUGUGGGCCGGCCAGCAGUGAAGCGCCAGCGGCCAAAGCGGUUCCAACUGCGGUUCAAGCCGACCACGUUGCCACAGCAGCUCCGGCUUCCUGUUAUUGGUCUGCAGAGAGAAGAGCAUCCUUCAGAGCAGGUCUUGGAAGAGCAGGUUCCAUUAAGUAGUAGUGAGCCUGCUGGGCCACAUCUUGACAAACCCAAGGAGGAGGCAGGUCACACACUCAAUGAAAAGCCAACAGAGCACAGUAGCUUGGAGGGCAGCCCAGAGGAAUCCCCCAGGAGGAGAGGUCGCCCACGGAACAUUGGCGGCAGCCCUGGGGAUUCUUUCAAGUGCUCAGCUUGUGGCAAGUUGUUUGCCUGCCGGAAAGAAGCCUCACAUCACAUUCUUUAUGCCCACUAUAACCUGGCACGGCUGAAUGACGAGCGGCCACUGAGUGAGCAGGAAGUGCGGACAGCCUUGCGCCAUGCAGCUGAAUGCCUUGACCAGCUGGUGUGUGGCAGCUGUGGGGAAGCCUUCAAGACAUAUAUGUCCUUCUACGUGCAUCGCAGCCACUGUGCCACCACAAAGGAGAAGGCUGGACACCAGGAAAGCAGUAGAAAGCAAACUGCAGCUGAAAAGCCCUUUACCUGCUCUGCCUGCCAGUGUGUGUUCAGAUCCAGGCAGGAGGCCGACUCUCACGUCCUGCACGUCCACUACAACAUGGCACGCAUAAAUGAUGACCGGCCACUGACUGUACCAGAGGUGGUGGCUGCCUUGAAACAGGUUGAAAACCAGUUCGAGCACUUUGACUGCCGCCAGCCAGGUUGCAGCCAUCAUGCUGCCACUGCCUCCGAAUACCUGCAGCAUCUGAACACCUGUGGGCCCUAUGUGGGACAGAUCUCAGAAGACCAGGUGAUCGACAAAAAAACGGUCGGAAAGAAGGGGAGAAAAGUCAUGCAAGGGGCAGGCAAGCGCAAGGAUGCCAAGGACAGCAGUGUUCCCAGGAAAGUCAAGCGGGUGCCUUGUUUCAAGAUCAACCUGGACUUUCCUGACGGGACAGCACUUGUGUGCUCAGGCUGCCACAAGUCAUUCGCCUGCAAGGAGGCAGUCACCGAACAUGUGCUGAUGGCACACUACAACCUUGCACGGGUGAAUGACGAGCGGCCUCUGAGCUUGGAGGAGAUGAGAUCAGCCCUGCGACAAGCCAGCCUCAAAAUAACACGGUUUUCGUGCCCCGAGCGUGGAUGCAAGGCCAGCUUUGCCUCGUACAUGUCCUACUACACACACCUCAGCCACUGCGGGCCAUUUGUGAAGUUCUUCCUCGAUGGCAGGGACGAGCCAGAUCAGGUUGUGCAGCCUUCCCUUGACCACACACCGGACUCAAGCGAGAAGGGCAGGCGCUCAUCUGCUCUCAGAGCACUGGCCUCCUUCCGAGUCUUGGAGGACACAGUGAACAACUUGGCAACCGUUGUCUCGGAGGACUCUGACUUUGCACCAUCCGAAGUGGAAGAAGAGCAGGACUACGACAGCUGGGAUGAUCAUAUGUCUUCACUGAUGAUGUGUGAGGAAGAGGACCGACCAAGUGUGGAGUCCCCUCAAGCCAUUCUGCAGCGUGCUUGGCAGGGCAGGUAUGAAGCUCCCCAGCAGCCCGCAGCCCACAUCGACCCCGUUUUGGUGGCCAGCUGGGCAGAAACCCUGGCAAGCAACGCCUGCAUCGAAUGCCCCAAUCAGGGUUGCCCCAAGGUGUUUAGUUCAGUGCCAGGCCUGCAGUACCACUUCCGGCGGUGCCGCCUGAUACAGCUGUACCGGUGCCUCAACUGCUGUGAGGCCACAUUUGCUCGCCCAAAGACUCUGCUGGACCACUUGCGCAUUUGCUACACGGAGCGCCCUGAAGGAGAUCAGCCUGAAAAAGUCUCAGAAGUUUCAUGCGGCCAUCGGCGCUCAAUUGUGUCUGCUGCCUCGACAUCCCUGCGGCUGCCAGCACAGUUGCCAAGCAUACUGGGAUCCGUUUUUCACCACAUGGCUCAACAUAUGCGACACAUGCAGAGACAGAGCCAGUGCUGGAAGGAGACUCUGUAUUCUGACUGGAUGCCCAGUGGGCUGCAACUUUUGGACCAACACCACGCGGAGGCCUGCCUGCCUCGUUUCAGGGAGAGUCCUGCCCUGCAGCAGAGCUCCUGUGCAGAGGGGCAUGCCCCCUCCGUGCCAGCCAAGUGGCAGCGGCUGCCCUUGUUCGGGUGCCUGUCGCCCCAGUCAGGGGACUCUCACGUUACCUUCUACCCUGGUGGUGCCAUCUGGGCUGCCGCCUGGUGUCCCUUACCACCAGACCACAAGCCACCGAGCCAUCAUGAGUGGGUGGCACUGUCCUGUUGUCCAAACCCAGACCAAGAGCACCUGCUCACUGAUGCGGUGGCUGAACCAGGCCUCUUGCAGAUCUGGGACCUUGGACCCUUGCAGCUGAACAGAGGUCCUUAUGGCAUAUCACCACCACAACUGGGCCUGUGCCUUGCACAUGACUUUGGCUUUGUGGCUAACUUGGAUUGGUGCCCCUCUGGCUGCCACCAGAAAGGGAGUCGACUAGGCCUACUGGCCCUCGCCUGUGGAGAUGGCUGUGCUCGCAUUCUCAGCAUCCCCGACCCAGCCGGCUUGACAACUGGCCGGCCUCCAAUGUAUCGAGUGGACAGUGAGUGCCAGCGGCUGCACAUUCCAGCGGGGCCUUUAGGCCCUGUGCCCUGCACACGUGUGGCAUGGGACAUUGGGAGAAAGCACCGGCAGAUCGCUCUGGGGUUCGCUGAUGGACGAGUGGCUGUGUUUGGUGUGGGGGAAGACCAAAAGGAGGGGGAGCCCCUAUGGGUGUGGCAGGCCCACCAGGGUGCCAUCAUGGGCCUUGGCUGGACACCGCAGGGCCAUAUUUGUACAGCGGCCAUUGACCAUGCCACCAGGGUGUGGGACUUGCACAGGCCCGGCCUGGUGCCCGUAUCAGCUUUUGUAAGGAGCCCUGUCCGGCAGAUGGCGUUGUCUCCUCACUGGAAUGGCCUCUUUGUUGUUGGGGAAGAGUCCGCUGUGGGUGGGCCUGCACAUUCACUGUUCCGGGAGAACGGCUACUAUGGAUACACACCCAAGACACUGGUGCACCACUAUGCCACGGUCUGGGGAGUGACUGUGUCUCCCUGGAGCAAUGUGGUAGCUUCCUGUGAUGCAUCUGGCAAGGUAGCCGCCGUCUGUCUGCCAUACCUGUCUUCCAACUUGGAUUUCGUUAAGAACCACACCAAGAUGCGCCUGCCAUUGUUUCAGGCCACGCUGGUACCACUAGGAAAGGAGCAAGUGAAGGGCUCAGCACAGCAGGGAGACCACUUACUGGCCAGUGAGCAGUAUGGCAUCUCCUUUGAGGACAACCUCCUGGAGGAAGAAAGCUUGAUUAUUCAGCCAGCACAGGAUCACAGUGAGAAGAGCGAUUCUUGUGGCCACUAUCAACUCAACUCCUUCAACACGGUAUGCUGGAGUCCGAACUAUGGUAGUGCCAACUGGCUGUUUUCAGCAGGACAAGCAGGCGUGGCUCGUCUUUCUUGGCUUGGGCUCUAUGGUCAGAGGUUGGAAGAUGCCACCUCGUGAUUUAAAAGGAAGGUUCACACAACCUAAAUGCAUCAAUGUUCUCAUUGCUCCUACCACAGAACAGUGCCAAGGAUGGGAGGAGUUUGAUCAUAAUCACUGGUUUCACAAAAUUGUGUGCAUCCUCUUGGUGAUAUAGUGACAUGUGACUCCGUGACGUAUCUUCAUGAGUUGUGCAGAUAUUCGCUAUCUAGAGGCUGUACAAGGGUGCAGUGUUAUGGAUUUUCUUAUAUAAAUAACAAAUAUGCUCGGCCUUCUUGUAGUGUCACUAUUAUCUUGUGCAUGUGACCACAUCACAUAUGUGGAUGCUUCGGUGUCUUCAUUCUGUCUCAUAUUAGUGUGAAGAAGCUGUAAUCAAGCAUCAGUCUUUUGAGAAGGAUACUUAGUCUACAACUACAGGCCUUUGUGGGUCAGUGUGUGCUCCAGUGUGGGCAAGUUCAAUAUAAGUGAAAAAUAAAGUGAAGAAACUUAGAGUCAACUUUUUCCAGCAUAACAUAAUGGAAAUAUUGACCUGAUGGUUCACAUGGGCUUAUAAGUAUUGUUCAGUAGCACUACUAAGGACUAUGCACUAUGAUUGUUUUGCUUUUGAAAUGUCAACGGUCAUGUUAUGGUUGCCAGUCCACAUUUCAUUCAUUUGCACAUUAUCAUGUACAACUUUUUUUCUAUUCAGGCUCAAACUCGCAAAGUUGUCAUGUGUAUCAUCUCCAAUCAGAAUAAUGGAGCAAUUGCACAAUUAGUGCCAGCCUGCUGAAAAAUGACACCAAGUCUGCAAAAAAAAUUAAAAAAAAACAAACAAGAAGCUUCUCUUCAUCGAAGUCAACGUUACUGGAUGGGGACAGCUGAAAAACUUGCAUGAGAAGGUGGCCUCAAAUUGUCGUCCAUUCCAGGUGUCGCUGGCAUCACUUAUAGCGACCACGUCAUGUGCCCUUUCCGCCGCGCAGUCAACAUCAUGUGCAGCAGAGGAAGCAGCGAUGUGGCUGUCUUGAUGUGCAAUUGCAGACAAUUUUUUUUUUUCCUGCUAAUAAAAAUGAAUCGGGAAGUAGCCUAAAUACUGAAAAAAAGGCGUGGCUCCUUCUUUCAUAACAGACCUUGCACAUUCAAUUUUAUUCAUGCCAGAGCAGCAAAAAUGUUUAUGCGGUUUCGCUUUCUGGAGAGAAAGUCGAUGGUGACUUCAAACAAACAAUUGUUCGUGGUAGAUUUCUGCUUCCCUGUUGGAGAAUGAUCGCCAUGACGAGGUGUGCUGUGCCAGGCUGUCGAAAUGGAUACGCAUCGGCAUUGUAAACAAAGUGCCCUUCAUGCAGCGACACUUAUUAAAGAAACUGAAAAACCUGAAUGUGGUGAUUAAGAAGAACAGUGCAAUAGGACAAGCAAACCUCAAAGUUGCAUAAAGAACAUAUACCUGUGAUCCUCACUUUGAUGCAAUGGACAUUUCCACCACCUUUCAGCAAAGUGUCAAUUGCUAAACAGUCUCAUUUGCUGAGCAUAGUAAAGGCUAAAAAAAGACGAGGCGCCUUGGCACUUUGCGAGCAGCAUUGAUAAUGAAUGGACACUUAGUGUAGCUCAAGGUGGCUCAAAUGCAGCAAGCAUACUAGUGACAGAAGGUACCAUUAGCUCAUUUUUUCAGAGUGAAAGUGAGGCGUGCACGGAAGUGUUCAAUAACACUGAGACAGAGCCACCUGAAAUGUUCGAAGCAUCUCACCCUCAGCGAAAGCUCCACCGGUGAACACUAGUUUGGUGGCAUCAAACACUUAUUAAUGUCUGGGGCAUGGUGUGUGAAACACUUGAACAUGUUUUUGUUUUUUUAAUGUUUCUUGAAAUUUUGAAGAAAAUGAUGUAGUUUCUGAUGAAAAAAGCUGUCCUAAUAAACAAAAAUUUGACUGUGA